AUGGCGGCACUGGCCACUCCGGCCACUUCUGCGGCGCUGGUGUCCGAUAUGAUGGCGCAGGGCCGCAAGUCUGCCGCUGCCCUCGAGGCCCUUCUCCAGGUCCAGGAUCACGCCGGGAUGCGGGAGCUCACCGCCAAGAUUCUCGGCUGCGGCGACCGCACCCUCGCCGUCCUCCACGGCAAACCUGCACGCCGGCAUAAGCGCAAGCCGGACCCCCACGGCGGCGCAGCCACUCAGACAAGCGCCAAAACAAGGACGCGCGCGAGCAGCGGAGAGCCAACGAGGGUGGAGUGGACGCGGAACUGGGACGACGACUUCAUGUGGACCAAGUACGGGCAGAAGCACAUCCGGGAUAACGACCACCCCAGGCACUACUUCAGGUGCGCCUACGCGCUCCACGACGGCGGCUGUCCGGCCACGAGGCAUGUCCAGCGAUGCCCGGAGCACGACCCUCCCCUCUACGUCCUCACAUACUUCGCCGAGCACACCUGCUGCCGCCACGGCGUUGCCGCCGCCGUCAUGAAGAACGUCAAGAUGCAGCCGCUGCUCGUCCUUGACUUUGGGUCGGCGGCCGCACCGAGCGGCCCCUCCCCUUAUUGGCUCAACUACGGUGAUGUUUCGGGUGAUAUCUCACGCUCGGAAGAGCUCCGAGGUGAGGUGACCAAAGUUGAGUCAACGCCGUCGUCAGACUUGCUGCCCGCUGGGCCGGCGGUGGUGGCGCAGCUGAGCUCGUCGGCAGACGACGCCCGUUACUCCUCUUCCCCUGCUGCAUGGGACCCAUCGGCCGCCGAUUGGGAGUACUUCGUGAACAACUCGUCGGAUUAUGUUAGAGAGUUCUUCGAUUUGGAAGACGUUACCUUGUACCAAUAG